UUCCAAAGAAAGGGGUCUUGCUGCAUUGUGUGACUGUGUCUCUUCCUUAUUAUCUCCAGCAUGAGGUAGAGAGUGUUCGUGUGUGUCUAUUUGGGAGUCUCCAUUACUGUACGCAAAUAAAGCAUGUCGUGGAUUGCCCUUGGCUCAUGGAUGUGCUCCGGCAGAAAAGGCGUCUUGACUAACUCAAAUCUUCGUUAACGCCACCUCAUUUCACAUAGGAAGCAUAUUAUGCACACAUACCACAUGCCUUUGGAAUUCAUGUUUGUCACUAUGGAAUUGCCUGCUUGAUAUGGAUUCUUGAAUUUAUCACAGUGAAAUCUCUAAGGGAACUUUCAGGAAUAUAUUAAUAUACUUUGGAUAUAUAUAUAUUUGCCAUAAUGUUUCAGUGUACAUAUAGACAUGAUUACCAAAAGCCAACUAGGUGUGCUGUCUCCAUGAUGGCACGGAGGGAGCAGUCUCAGUUUGACGAUGCUCUGGAGGACGUGGAGAGUGAUUUGCUGAAUCCAAAGACCCAUUCCUCAUCAGGACCAACCCCAUACAUCCAGCGCAAUGGCCACCUGUCGUCCAGGAGAGAGAUGGAAGAACCACAGCACGACGGCACCAACGGAGAGCUUCCAGAGUCAGAUACAGCCGAAGAGGAGGUCCAAGAGGAGAGGACAGAGGAUGAAUGGAUUGGCCGUCAUGAGGAUGCAGAUGAAGCAAGGAUAGAGCAUAAGAAACCACUGUCCCCUGAGGAGGAUGGGCAGGAUGAGUAUGGGGACACCUUCUUUAUUGAUCAAGGCGACACCAGUAUACAGGGCAUGGGAUAUGGGUCAUCGUAUCAGUACUCGGAAGGAGACGAUGGUACAAGGGAAGGAACCGAGGAUAGCGGGCAGGGACAGAUCAGAGAUGAUCUGACUGAAAGCGAUAAGGACAAAGACUACCUUGAUGAUGUGACCCAGGAUAACAGGGGUGUCGUUUAUGAUCGCGAUGAUCAGUAUGAAGAUAGCGGUGUGGUGGACGAUAAUGGUAUGACGGAUGGUGAAAGUGGCAUGCAGGGGUACGAAGCAGAAGAAGACAAUGCUGAAGGUGAAGAUAGAUUUGAGGAGGUGGACAUCAGGUAUGGUUACAUGGAUGGUGGCUAUGUGACAGAGAGACAGACCUAUUCAGAGAGUCACCAAUAUGUAGAAGAUAAUCCUGCUUACAAUGGGAGUGAACAGGACUAUGAAGUUGAUCAAGAAUUUAGGGAAAAGGGUGCAUCUUUUCAAGAAUACACAGAGUCUGACUUGCCAGACCAUAUUUCGGCCUCAGGUGAUAAGUCCAUUGAGGAAUCGAGGGAGGAUGAGAAGUACGAGCAUGAAGGAAAUAGUAAGGAACAUAUUGAUCAAUUCAGUGAUUCUGAAAAGUUAAGACUUGGUGAACAUUCCCCAAUGACAAGUGAUUAUGUUAUUGUUGAUAGGGAUACUCUUGCCCCAGAGGAAAACUUGAGAUAUGCAGCCAGUGAUUCUGCAGAAGCCGAUCAGGAAGAGCAGCAACCCAUCCAACAGGAAGACUAUGAUCAUGGGAAUACAGGUUUAGAUGAUAAAAAAUCAGAGUUUAUGACACUUGAUAUGUUACAGGACAGACUGAGGAACCAAAGGGGCGAGUCAAAACUUCAUCCCUUAAGAUUUGAUGAUCGAGUGGAGAAUAGGGAUUCUGGCAUGACAGUGCCCAGUAGCCAAGAUAGGUUGAAAACUGAUCACGAGAAGAGUAUAAAGGGACAAGGACAGCUUAGAAAAAGUCCACAGCCUGCUAGUAGUCCUGUCAGAGACACUAAGGAAUCUCGCAAUAAAGUCCCUCGUAGGCCUGCUCCAGGGGCUGCCCAGAGUGUACAGAGGAUCCCUGCAGCAGUGCCAAGCAGUAAUGUAGUCCAUCAAAGUCCAAGGGACAUUGCUCCAGUGCCUCACCAUAAGGCCCCAUCACCGGGCAGGCAUGGAGUCGAAAAUGAAAGAGGUACUAUAGGCAAAGGGGAAACCACCUCUCAAAGAAGCUCUCGUCCAACGGUAAAGGCUUCUAGGGAAGGAGGAGGCAUGCAGGAGAGCAGGGUUAAGACAGACAGUUCAAAAAGGAUAACAGGUGGUGAGAAGCAAAGGAGUAUGCCUCUCCCUGGUGGUGCCCAACCAGUAUCAGUACUCAAAUCACGAUUAAGGGAAGAAUUAAGAGAAAUGUAUGAAAUUGAAAAGAAUCUAGCUUCCACUUCGAUACAGCCAGAAAUGGACAGAACUCAUAAUAUCAAUCCAAAGAAGACAGGCAGAGGAAUGGAAAGCCAAAGAGAUGGCUCAUUGUCCAACAGGCACAAUGCAGAAUAUGCAUCUGUCUCUUCUUUAAGCUCAUCUGGAUCUGCAAAACAGACUAGUCCAACGCACAGAAUGAAGCACAGUCAAGAACCUCUUCCGACCAGGGAAAUGUCAAGAAGUUCCAGUUCUUCUCCUGAGAAGAUGAGAUCAUCAAGACCUGGCCAAAGAGAACAACCCAGGAAUAACUCAAAUGCUAACCAUCUUGACCUUGAUGCUGUGGUAAGAAGGUCAAGACCAAACACCAGACAACAUGAUCCAAGUAAGAGAUAUUCCUAUGAAAUUGAAGAGAAAUCAGAUGCUACAUCUGGAGAGGUUGUGUUUGACGACAUUGCAGAGUGUGGAGCCUACCUAGACGAGAAAGAUUCCAAACCAAGUCCAAUCAAGAUAAAGAACAGGCAAGGAAAGAGUCCUUCUGAUGAUGUUGAUGAAUUUGGAGCACGUAGAAGAAGAAAUAGCUAUGAACUUGCAAAUCGCAGUUCCAGUGAAGAUGAGGAAAAUGAAGCAGAGGUGAACCAGAAGACAAACAACAAAGAUGAGCUAGGUUUAUUAGGAUCCCAAGGUGGUAAUCUAUUAGGGAGUGGGCCAAGAGGACCAGGCAUGAAUAGCAGUCUCUUGUCCCAGCUUGCUGAGAGGGAGUUAGCUAACUUGAGAAAUUCAUACAAGAAACCUCAAGAAGAGCCGCAAGAGAGGCCCCAGGAAUCACAGUCUACAGCAUCUGACACAUCCAGUACAUCAUCUUCCACCCAUCAUGAAAGUAAACCACCCCUUCCCAAACUAAGCCCCAUGGAAUAUGAUGCUGUUGGAUUUCGUCUGGCAGGUCAUGCCGGUAUUGGUGAGAGUACCCUCAACUUGAGUGCCACCCAACCCCAACAGUCCCAUGUCGAGGCAGACCAGUUUUCAGAUGCAGAGGAGGAUGGCAGUGAGCCUGUAUACCAACAACAAAGGCCAAAUACCACAAUCACACCUAGUCAUUCCUAUGAGCAAGAUUAUUCCUCACCAAUGUAUAGGAAAAGACCUCUUGAAGACUACUACCAGAAGACCUCUCCUGUUUCACCUGAACAGUAUGGCCAGCAGCAGCCUGAUGCUACGCCUACAGAACAAGUAGAUGUUGAUGCUGCCAUGAAAGAAAUACACAGUACACUCAGCAAAUCAAAGUUAAUGAAGGCACCAUCAUUCUACACUCCGGAGGAGAUACCAGUUUGGAUAAGGCAACCAGAUGCUGCUAGGAGAUAUGAAGAGGAUCAGAAGAAAUCAAGAGUCCUUGAAGACAGGAGAAGACGGAACGAGGAGAUGCGUCGCAGCCAUGUCCAACAGCGGCAGGAAUACAUGAAGCGUCGUGAUCCGCAGUGCUAUGUCAGGAAUGAGGAAGAAGAGGAUGGAGAAGACGAAGACAAAGGACUCAUGUCGGAACCUGAUCAGAAGAUGGUGGCGCCAGACUACACAAACAGGCAGCGACCCAAAGAACCAGAGACUAUGCGGGCUCCUGAUUUACCUCCCACGACCGGUAAAAUAAGAGAAGGUAAGUUACUGAUUAUUGAUGUCAGUUCUACUCAUAUGAGGCUUUAAUGAAAAGCAUAAACUUCAAUAAUAAUUGGGCAUUUUAUUUUUUCUCUUCAAAUUCAGUUUGCUUGAAAGUAUAACCAUUAAUUUUAUUUAUAUGUGACAUGCAUGUGUUUGUAUGCUUGAGUUUAGUUUUACAGAUUUAAUAUCCCAUACUUUUAAAUUAAUGGUAUAUUAUUUCAUUACUUCCAUAUGAAUUUGUUUUCAUGUUUUCCAACAAAAAAGUCAUUGUUUCUGUUUUUGAAAUUUGCAUAAAAGUAACAAAAUAACCGCAAGUUUUCACUAUUUUAUCCGCAACACGUUAAUAACACUUGCCCGUUAUUUUGUGUUUACAAAGUAC